CAAGACCACUGACAAAACCAGUCCCAUACCCUUUCGUCUUGGGGCGUCACUCGCAGCAAUGAUUAAUUUGUUUGAUACGUGCAACGUCUGCCAGAAACUCAAACCGGCACCCGAACAGAAGGGCACGAAAUUCCACGUGUUGGGCAUCAGUGAGCUCGAGAAAAGUGCUCAACUCGGGACGUGUUUCCUCUGCUCCCUCCUCUUCACCGCAAUUUCCGAUUAUGGCUAUAUAUCCCCGAAUGACAACCAGAUAUUUGUCAGAACAGGCCAUGACGAACCGUUCUUUCUCAUGUGGAUAGACGCCCAAUUGCCAGUCGUCCCGCAUCUUGAGAUCUUUCGCCAGACAGGGUCUACGAGCAUAAUUGAAGGUCUUGGAUGGGCGAAUGCUGUCCCUCGAGAGCCAAACAAUCAGGCUACGAACGACCUGAUUAUAGAUUGGGUUCGCGACUGCGAGGAGAACCAUGCGGAGUGCAGAGUUGACGUGCAGGAGACACCCAAGCGGCUGUUGGAUCUCGAGUGCUCCGGACCCGAGGGCAUCUGCCUGGUGCAAGACUUGAAGCCCUCAAAGUACGUGGCACUGAGUCACUGCUGGGGGAACGUAAGAGCGUGCACGACUACCAGUGGCAAUCUCACCAGUCGCCUAUCCGGCAUCAAAUGGGAUGAUCUGGCAAAGACAUUUCAGGAUGCUGUCACCUUGACGAGGCAGAUUGGCUUUCGACAUCUCUGGAUCGACUCGCUGUGCAUUAUUCAAGAUGACUCGGAUGACUGGAAGAAGGAGUCCGUGAAAAUGGGAGACAUCUAUCGUGGGGCCUAUCUGACAAUCGCCGCCUCCUUAGCAUCCGCCGAUGACGAGGGCUUCCUCCACCCGUCGAAAGAAAGAGACUUCUACUCGGCAAAGUGUCUGCGCGUUCCAUUUCAGGGGGGGGUCAUUACGGACCUUUGGGUGCGCACGAUUCACGACUCUCGCCUCCAUUCGUUCCACAAUAUCAGCGAGCCUCUGUCCACCCGGGCCUGGACGAUGCAGGAGCGAGUACUUGCACCGCGGCUUCUGAGCUACUCCUCUGCCGUUACCUUUGAGUGCACCGCCUCUGCUGUCUGCGAGUGUGGCCACAGCAUGUAUCCAGAUCCUUACUACCCCCCUGUUCACAUGCUCCAGGGCCUAGACAACAAACAAGGGUUUUUAUCGAUCUUACAGGGUGAGCCGCAGUCGAUUGCGAGGAUGUACUCCUUCUGGUCAGACAUGGUAUCUGUAUACACGGGUCGAAAGUUGACAUUCGAGACGGACAGGCAGAUUGCGAUUUCCGCCAUUGCGAGAGCCCUGGCGAAGCAGUAUGGCGAUGAAUACAUUGCAGGGCUUUGGAAGGGGAACUUAGUUCCCGGUCUUACCUGGCAUAAUGAUAUCCGGCUGCCAGUCAUCAAGAAUGUUGCUGCCGGAUCGGGUGUCCAGCUGCCGAAUCGACCACCGUCUUGGAGCUGGCUCUCGGCAGAGAAACUCGUCAGCACGUAUAGACUUCUCCCCGGCCAUUGCGAAGUCAUAUCGACGGACGUCCAGGAGGGCGGACUCAACGACAGUGGCCCGGCUCGAGGAUGUAUCAAGCUCAGGGCUCAGACUGGGACUAUGGUUGCGCAUCUGCCAGAGAAAGGCCAGCUCGACUCGGAAACGUCAGGGGCUACGCGGUUCGCGUUACUUGGUCCCAACGACAACCCAGUGGAGGUAUUCAAGAUAGAAGACUUCAGAGUAGAUAGACCGGUUGCAAGGAAUAGUGCCCUGAACGUGUCAGCAGACAUGCAAGGCGGUUCCUGGGUCCCCAUGGAUAGGACAUUUCCUAUCCGGGUGUUGUGCUUGCAUCUUGGUACAACCAUCAUCGAUGACAACAAUCGAGAGUCGGAGGUCUUUCUCGCGCUCGGGCAUUUGCAGGGGCGGUAUUCGAGGAUUGGACUUGUUCGCGCUACCAUCACCAGGGAUGCUCUGCGAGAGUGGGUGGGCGAGUCUCGUCGUGAGAUCACGAUAUACUGACGAGCGGCAUACUUAAAAUGUUCAGCCGUCCUUGCUCUGGGUUUCGGCAUUGAGUUUCCGCGCGAGCAGAUGUUCCAAGAGCUGCUUGCGGAAAAUAAGGGGCUUCACUUUGGGUUCUUUGAAGGGAGAGUAUUUGAAAUUUGAUUGGGGAUUGGUUCCGCAUAAUAGGAGCUAAUGUCGUCCUAGGGUAGGCUGAUACACGUCUUGAACCUGACUGACAUCUACAUCGCUCAGACUACCCUACACUCUCAAUUUGCAUCGGCCUUGGUAUGAGCUACACGGGUAGAAUAUGCAUGAAUCAGUGA